UUAUCAUAUACUGAUCUUCUAAAGGAGUGUAAUAAAGUAGAAUUGAACCUAUCUGAUGAAGAUAUUAAGUCAAUCGAAAGGGAAACCGUGGAUCAGGCCAAAGGGAGUGCUUUUUUUAGACACAGGGCUGGAAGAGGAGGGGCUUCCAAAUGCCUUGCAGCCAGUCAUGCAGAUCCUUCACAGCCCUCCCAGUCUCUGAUCAAAGCUAUUUGUUAUCCAGAUAUUUUUCGCCUUUCCACAGCAGCCACAAGAUGUGGAUGCAAACAUGAGGAUAUUGCCAUCGCAGAGUAUGAAAAAACAAUGCGAAAAACUCAUGCUAACUUUGUUAUGACUAAAUGUGGAACAAUUAUAAACAAGAAGUACCAAUUUUUACAUACCACUCCAGAUUUCCUCUGUGAAUGUGAUUGCUGUGGACAGGGAUGUGGCGAAGUCAAGUGCCUCUACUGCAUAGAUGGAGUUGACUUUGACAGCUAUGUGCAAAAGAAAUCUUCCUGUUUGCAGAAAAAUGAAUCUUGUUUCCAACUCAAAAGAGAUCAUGACUAUUAUUACCAAGCACAACAGCAAAUCAAUACAAGUGGGAGAGGAUAUCUAGAUUUUAUUGUGUUCGCCUCAGAUGGGCAAACAUCGAAAUUUUUCUUGGAAAGACUUGCUCCAGACAUGAAACACUGGGAAACACAAAUUCACAAACUAGAGACUUUCUGGAGAAUUUGCAUAUUACCCGAAAUAUUGGGAAGAUGGUAUACCCGAAAGAUGGAUUUAAAAGCCCAGCUUUCCCCAGAAGAAGUCGCAAAACCUGGUGACUGUUACUGCAGGGAAACAACUAGUGAAGCACCAAUAACAUGUGCCAACCACACAUGCAAAAUAUCCAGAUUUCAUGCUGUUUGGGUAUCAAGAAUGUAA